GCGAGUGAAAGAGGGAAGGUAGCGGAGAGAAUGAACGAAUAGAGGAGUAGGAAUGCGGAUUAUGGUGGCCUAGAUUGAGGUGACCGUGCGCAACGCUUUAAAUUAAAGUCUGGCUGGAGUCCGCUGAUGCCGUUUACGGAUUUUUUGUUUUUUUUUGGAUGAAAGGAGAAUCACCUAUAUUUUAUGCACUUUCUUGUCUUAACAGUCUCAACAUUUAUACCAUUUGGGUGUUUUGGAUCGGAGCUUUAUCUAACAGCAUGCCAUCUGCGUCUAUUAGGCUAUAGAAUUGAUUAAGAUUCCAUAUAUGUUCAUAGACUGAACGGGAAGACCAGUCUGGACUGUCAUUUUAGUCUGUCGGGGAUAAACACUGACAGAUGAUGUUACAGUCAAACGCACCGGUUUCAAUGAAACGGGCAUUAUAUUGUUAUGAUGUGGAUGAUAUUUACGCCGCAUUAGCCUACGAUUUUUGAUGAAAAACUAAUAAUUAUACGAUUAACUGAAUGGGAAACACCCCGCGAGCACAUUAGCCUAUCUGGAAUCCUUAGCGUUUAUCACAAGAUGGAGGCACUUUGUCCUUGUUGGGGGAUAUUUCUAUGGAUGACUUUCGGCCUGUUUGUCAAUGGUAGUGUUGACACUGGCAGGAUUGAACCGUACACCUCGAGCCCUGUGGCAAUCCGUAUGCCAUUGCGACAGGUCGCUCGCGCCGAACCUCCGCCCGCCGCCCCUCAGCACCCCCCGAAGGUCGCGCGGAGGCGGAGAAGGGCUCUUGGCAUUAAUUUCGUCGACAUGAUCGACAAUCUGCGUGGUAAAUCUGGACAGGGUUACUAUGUUGAGAUGGCAGUUGGCACACCGCCACAAAAGCUGAACAUCCUAGUGGACACUGGCAGCAGUAACUUUGCUGUGGGAGCUGCUUCUCACCCGUUCCUACGACGAUACUACCACCGCUCACUGUCGACCUCCAACCAUGACUUGGGCCGAAGUGUGUACGUGCCCUACACCCAGGGCCGUUGGGAGGGCGAGCUGGGCACAGACCUGGUGUCCGUGCCCCACGGGCCCAACGCCACCAUGCGCGCCAACAUCGCUGCCAUCACCCAAUCAGAUCGCUUCUUCAUCAACGGCUCCAACUGGGAGGGCAUCCUGGGACUGGCGUACGCUGAGAUAGCACGGCCUGACGAGACCUUGGAGCCCUUCUUCGACUCCCUGGUGCGCCAAACAGCGGUGCCCAACCUGUUCUCCCUGCAGCUGUGUGGCGCUGGCUUCACCCAGAACUACAGCCUGGGCAGCGCCACCGUGGGUGGCAGCAUGAUCAUUGGAGGGGUGGACACGUCACUCUACGUAGGGGAUCUUUGGUACACGCCCAUCCGGAGGGAGUGGUACUAUGAGGUCAUCAUCGUGCGCAUCGAGGUCAAUGGGCAGGACCUGAGCAUGGACUGUAAGGAGUAUAACUAUGAUAAGAGCAUCGUGGACAGUGGGACUACUAACUUGCGCCUCCCCAGGAAGGUGUUCCAGGCUGCAGUGAAGGCCAUCGAGGCUGCCUCCUCUACAGAGCAGUUCCCAUCGGGGUUCUGGCUGGGGGAGCAGUUGGUGUGCUGGCAGGCUGGCACCACCCCCUGGCACAUCUUCCCUGUCAUCUCCCUCUACCUGAUGAGUGAGAACCGUAACCAGUCUUUCAGGAUUUCCAUCCUACCCCAGCAGUACCUGCGUCCCGUGGAAGACGUGGCGUCGGCCCAGGAGGACUGCUACAAGUUUGCAGUGUCUCAGUCGAGCACGGGAACAGUGAUGGGCGCCGUCAUUAUGGAGGGCUUCUACGUUGUCUUCGAUCGCCAGAGGAAACGCAUCGGCUUUGCUGUCAGCACGUGCCACGUGCACGACGAGUUCCGAACGGCGUCGGUGGAGGGGCCAUUCCACGGCUUGGACCUGGAGGACUGCGGCUACAACAUUCCCCAGACGGAUGAGUCCACGCUCAUGACCAUUGCCUACAUCAUGGCGGGCAUCUGUGCCCUCUUCAUGCUGCCUCUCUGCCUCAUGGUGUGCCAGUGGCGCUUCACCCGCUGCCUCCGUCCCCCCGGCAUGGGCGACUUUGCAGACGACAUCUCCCUGCUCAAAUGAGACCGCAGGGGCAGGGCAGAGAUUUAGGUACAGAUGGGGAAGACAUUGAAGGACGUACAGGAUAUAGAGCAGAGACAGGGGAAAAGAGUAGGAAAGAAGUGCAUCAUUGAAAUAAUUCUGAUUACUUUUAAGAGAUACGAUACGGCUGUAGUCAGAGUUUGUGAGGAGCUUUAACUGAAACCUGUAGAGCCAAGGUGGAUGUGCGAUGACCUUAGAGAGGGGGUGCUUAGGGAGAACUGGAGGUAGUAUUACAUUGUCAUACUACCUACACUGUUGUUGUUUGGGAUAUGUGCAAUGUAACAGAGGUGGUUCAGUAACUGGCAGCCUCAUGGAGAGAGGUAAAGUAUAUAGGGGGAUAGGCAGGCGAGUGAGAAGGAUUUAAAAUUCAGCAACCUCUGGUGGGAAGAGAGUGGAUAGGUUUGUCGAAAGAAGGGCAUGAUGUAAAUAAUAUACUGUGAGUGAGUAAACGAGUGUAUGUGUGACAGAGAGAAUGUGCAAUUAAAAUGUGUUUGAAA